UAAUAAAAAGCUCCUUGCAGUGUGUGGCAGUGUUCGGACUAUGGCUUUUGGCACUAAAUUUCGGCAGUGAGCUGGAACUUCCCCCCAACCCCCUCCAGAGAUCAUUUCAACCUCCACAACAACCCCUUAUGUAAACCCUUACUAUUAUGCACACAGGCACGAUUCCUCCCAAGAAAGGCAGUUCCCAAACUCGCGAGUUCAGGGCCUACAUUGCUGCCACUCACCGCUACGCCAAACUACACUUUGGAUCCCAGACUGUACUUGGUCUUGCCCUGCGGUACAGCUUUACUUGCCGCUGGGACCAUCAUGCUUGGGGGAGUUUUCUCCAGGAAGCUGUUCUCGACUACUGCUGGUCUGCAUACGUCUGCCGUGCUGUGGGUACUGGUACUAGUGAUUAUGAUUCUGUACAAUGCCAAUGCCGUCAACUUCUACAGUGAGAAAAACACUGCUAGCGUCUGGUGGGUGGUGGGGUGUCCACGCCAGCCUCCUCCUCCUCCUCAGUCUGCAGCUAGUGAUGACCAUAUGGGAGCUACGGAGGCAGAAGACUGGUUGGCCGACGCUGGUGCCUGGGCAGAUCUUCACUCUAGGCGCCAUGCUGAUAGCUGGCAGGAUGACCCUGUCAGUGUACUUUACUCUGAACUUCUACAACUCUUGGAUGAUAUUCGGCGUGCAGGACUUUUUCUACCAACCUAGACUUCUGGCCAUCGUCUGUGCUGCGCUUCCCUGAGCAGUACGUCCUACCCUGCGCCACUGCUUGUGCCUACGGUGGCACCGUUUGUUAUUUAGGAUUUGUUCUCCCCUUUUUUGGGUCCCGUAAAUAAC